AUGGCCCAGCUGGCCUCUAGGCCGCCCGGCCAGCCCACGGCCCACUCCACGCUCUCUGUCCUACAAGGCCACUCCCCCCGACCCCAAACCCUAAAUCACCCCACGAUCCCCCUCGCUCCUCCCACUCCCACCCGAUCUGGAUCGGGGAUCCAGCCCGACGACCGCGCACAGCGCCACCCGACGUCGGCGCCCGUCCUCGACGCGGCCCCGCCCCAUCAUCAGACCUCCUUAUCAUCCCUCCUCCCUCGCACGGCGCUCGCCCGUGGCCUCUGCCUCGCCGACAUCGGAGCCCCACGCCGCCACGACUCCGUCGCCGCCCGUCGUCUCCGUCCUCCUCCUCGACCCCACUGCCCCGUGCCCUGCAAACCCCUCGUGAGGCCCUCCCCCUCCUUCUCCUUUGCCGCGCUCCCGCCGCGCCCACCGAUGCUCUGCUCCGGCCGCGACCCCACGCCUCGCGCGCUCCGGCCCCGCGCCCACCGCGGCCGGGCCGCGCCCUGGCCACGCGCCGCACCGUCCGGCCGUGCCCGUCGCUCCGCGCCGACGCACCGCGCCACAGCCCUGUUUCCCCCACUGCAUCGCGCGCUCCCGCGCCACGGCUCGCACAGCAGCCGCCCCGCCGCGUGA